GUUUCUUGCCGACGUGGGAAGGGAGGCAUCCGGACGCAAACAAAUAUUCACUGGUUUGAUGUGUGCUGUGUUGUGCGGUAGCCGUGGAAUGACAGGAGAAUUUGGCAGACGAGCCGUGGACAACAUUCGUAACCAUGUGGCUUAAACCCGAAGAGAUAUUGCUGAAAAACGCCUUUAAAUUGUGGGUCACGGAGAAGGAUAAUGAAUAUUUCGUGCUCCAGAGAAGGCGAGGAUAUGGUGAAGGUGGAGGCGGCUUGACAGGUCUCCUUGUGGGAACGCUGGACACCGUGCUGGACUCUACAUCCAAAGUAGCUCCUUUUCGCAUUCUGCACCACACACCUGACUCACAAGUGUAUUGGUCCAUUGCAUGCGGCGUCACUAAGGAGGAGAUUGUCCAGCACUGGGAUUGGCUGCAGCAGAAUAUCAUGAGGACGCUCUCUGUUUUCGACUCCAGCGAGGACAUCACCAGCUUUGUACAGGGCAAGAUCAGAGGUCUGAUUGCUGAAGAAGGGAAGGCGUCCCAUGUGCUGGAAGAUGAUCCAGAGAAGUUCAGAGAGGCGUACUUGAGAUUUGAGAAUUGGUUUGCCUUGCCAGCGGAGGAAAAGCUGGUCACAUAUUACUCGUGCAGUUACUGGAAGGGCAAAGUGCCUUGUCAGGGUUGGCUGUACCUCAGCACCAACUUCCUCUGCUUCUAUUCCUACCUGCUGGGAGCUGAGGUGAAACUGAUCAUCUCCUGGGAUGAGAUCUGGAGGCUGGAGAAAACAUCAAAUGUCAUCCUGACAGAGAGCAUACACGUUGUGGCUCAUGGGGAGGAUCACUAUUUCUCCAUGUUGCUGCACCUUAACGAAACCUUUGUCAUCAUGGAGCAGCUAGCUGACUACUCCAUCAAGCGCCUUUUUGAUAAAGAGGCCUUUGAGAGAGAAAUAGCUCUCUCGGACCCCCUGCAAAUUACCAAAAGAGGCCUCGAAGCGCACUCAAAGAGUGAGCAGUUCCGGACAUUUUUCAGGCUUCCCAGAGAAGAAAAUCUGUUAGAAGUGCACGAGAGUUUCCUGUGGGUGCCUUUCAGCCAUUUGAAUACACUUGGCAAGAUCUGUCUGUCUGAGAGCUACUUAUGUUUCGCCAGCCAGGAUGGGAGCCAGUGUCACAUCAUUAUUCCAAUGCGUGAGGUCGUAAGUGUCGAAAAGCCUGAUUCUAGCAGCCGGGCUUUAACGGUGUGUGUGCGUGGGAAAAGGGCGCUGCGUUUCACUGAGGUGCGGGACUACCAGCGUCUAGCGACCACGCUCCGAAGCAGGUGUGGGAUCACUGCCAGCCCUCAGCACUCUGCUUCAGCUGAGAUCAUACAGGGCGAAUGUCAGUCGCUCAUCAACCACUUUGAGGACAACCCAGAGGACGUGACUCUCAUGGUGGGCCAGAAAGACAGCAGCAAGGCAGUGAGCACUGAGGCUCUCAUGACUGUUUUUCACCCUCAGGACGUUGAAAACCUCGACCCCAAAAUGCUUAAAGAGAAGAUGAAGGAGCAGUCUUGGAACAUCCAUUUUUCGGAAUAUGGACGUGGCACAAGUAUGUUCUUUACCAAAAAGACACGUGACUUGAUCGUCCGUGGCGUCCCAGAGGCCUUGAGAGGAGAGCUGUGGAUGCUUUUUUCAGGAGCUGUAAACGACAUGGCGACCCACCCCGGCUAUUACACAGAGCUGGUGGAACAAUCUCUGGGGACAAGCACGUUGGCGACAGACGAGAUUGAGAGGGACCUUCAUCGUUCUCUACCUGAGCAUCCUGCCUUUCAGAGUGACACUGGAAUAUCCGCUCUUCGCAGAGUCCUCACUGCGUAUGCCUGCAGAAACCCUAAAAUUGGCUACUGCCAGGCCAUGAACAUUCUCACCUCUGUGUUGCUGCUCUACGCCAAAGAGGAGGAGGCCUUCUGGCUUUUAGUGGCCGUUUGUGAAAGGAUGUUGCCAGAUUAUUUCAACAGGCGAAUUAUAGGGGCUUUGGUGGACCAGGCUGUCUUUGAAGAUCUGAUUCGCGAGAACCUCCCCCAGCUGGUAGAGAACAUGACAGACCUGAGUUUCUUCUCAUCCGUAUCCUUGUCCUGGUUUCUGACGCUCUUCAUCAGCGUACUGCCCAUUGAAAGUGCUGUGAACGUGGUGGACUGCUUUUUCUACGACGGCAUCAAAGCUAUCCUGCAGCUCGGCCUGGCCGUGCUCAACUACAACAUGGAGGCUCUGAUCAGAUGCCACGAUGAUGCAGAGGCUGUCACCAUCCUCAACAAAUUUUUUGACAGCGUGACAAACAAAGACAGCCCGUUACCGCCAACAGUGCAGCAAGCCCCUGUGGGCAACAACAAUAAAUCAUCUCACUUCAACGUGGACAUCAGUGAACUGAUCCGAGAAGCCUACGAGAAAUAUGGCAGCAUUCGCUCAGAGGAAGUGGAGAGUUCACGAAAGAGAAACAGACUGUUUGUGAUCCAGACACUGGAGGACACAACCAAGCAAAAUGUUAUUCGCGUGGUAUCUCAAGAAGUCAAAUUCUCCCCAGCCCAGCUUGAUGAACUCUACAAUCUGUUCAAAAGGCAGCAUUUUCUCAGCUGCUACUGGACCAUGAAAAGUCCCGCACUGCUCCAUCAUGACCCGAGUCUGGCCUAUCUUGAGCAGUACCAGCUGGGCUUUCAACAGUUCGCUGUAAUCUUCCCCCUGCUGGAGCCUUGGACCUUUUGCACCAACAAGAGCAAUCUUUUGCUUUGGGUUUUCCGCCUAAUCGACGAGAACCAGGAUGGCUUAGUCAACUUCAAAGAGUUCUGUAGUGCCCUUGAUACUUUGUACUGCGGGUCUUUCACAAACAAGCUUAAAUUCCUCUUCAAACUGCAUCUGCCGCCAGCCUUCACAGGUAGUCCUUUGCACGCACAAGAACCAAGACUCCCAAACAUUUUUCCAGCGAUUGAAGACUCACCUCACUUGGCUAGACUUCCUGAAUUUGCUCUUCCAGAAGAUGGUGUGAUUAAGAAAAGUCCAGAGAGAGGUAGAGGAAAAGUGGAUCUCCAGGCAUACCUGAAACAAUGGCAGAAUGAAAUACUUAGGAAAGAGGAAACCAUCAAGGACCUUCCUAGAAUUAAUCAGGCUCAAUUCAUUCAGUUCUCCAAGACCUUGUAUAACAUCUUUCACGGCGACCCAGAGGAGGAGUCCUUAUAUCGCGCUGUGGCCCACGUCACCAGCCUCCUCCUGAGGAUGGAGGAGGUGGGCCGCAGGCUGCAGGAGCCCAACAGCCCGGCCUCGCCCUCAAAGCCUGCGGGCGAAGCUCCUCCUACCGCCAAAAGCUCGGACACCUCCAGCCCACAGGAGGCGGCGCCUAGGCUCGCAGAGACGGAGUGGUCCUUUUCAUUUGAGCAAGUCCUGGCGUCGCUGCUCAAUGAGCCGAAGAUAGUUAGCUUCUUUGACAGACAUGUUGACAUUCAAAGUAAAGUGACACAAGCCCAAGUGGCCCAGCUGAAGCUAACAGGAAAUAACAAGUGAGUGGACGCAUUAUUCAAUCAUUGGAAAAACUCUCUUUUUUUCUUUUUCUUUUUUAAUUAAUUGUGACCUUUGAGCAGAAGAUAGCAGUUUAGAUUAGAAUAGGCAGAUGAAGGGAAUAGCAAAAAGGGCUGACAUGCAGAUAAGGAGCAUGCACACAGGAAGCACUUUAUCAAUUCUUACAUUCUCGUUCCACUAUUUACUCAUCUGUCAAUCAACAGUAUUCCACUCACUAUGUUGAGUUUUAGCUCCAUGAUGCUGCGCUUCUGUGUUGCACCCAUGCAGCCCCCUACAUUAUUAAAAUGUAUUCUAUAAAACACAUAAAUUACCGUUUGCUGUACAAUAUUCAAAAGCCUGACGGAUGAGGUUGUCUUUAUACCAGCCGAGACCACCAUUGUACUGUAAAUGUCAUGUAUACAGUGCGUGGCUGCGUGCUGAUGUGUGUUGUCCGGUGAGCCCACAUCUUCUAAUUUGUUCAAAUUGUGCAGUAAGUCAGGCUAAGCACUGAGAAUGAUGUUUCUUAAUUUGUAACACCAGCUCACACAAAGUAUCGCUAGUACCAGCGCACCUGCAUCACCAGUCCAAUGUUGACGUAGAUUAAUAUGUAAUACGGCGACGGAAGGUUUAUAAAGGCCACUGAAGGAUACUUUACUUUAAUCAAAUCUCAGGGUGCAAAUUGCAUAUGUGUAAUUGUUGUUUUAUCCUGAGAAGUGUAGUUUGAGGUAUAUGACUGAGUUGUGUAACGCUCAAUGUGGAGCAUAUAGAGCAGUUUUCACAUUGUCACGCUAUAGCCUUCAACAACAUGCAAAGGCUGCUUACGCUCACUUUAUUUGCAGCUACUUAUUCUACAUUAUGCCUUCUUCUGAAUCUCUUGAAGUCAAAAAGAGACAUUUAACCCUCAGGGGACAAAGCCAGACUUCUUUUUGUCCUUUCAGUAAGUUUUUGUUGUAUUUUGGCCACAAUUUUUUCCUGUUCAAUUUUAACAUGUCUAUGUCCAGUUCUUUCACAAGUGUACAAUACACUGACAGUUAUUAGCCAAUACCCCAAAGCCAAACUGGACAUAUAAGUAGGCGGUUUUGGUGAAAACGUAUGUGAUCGCCUUUUAAAGCCUAUAACAAACACAGAUCCCCUCCGGCUUACAUUGUAUUUAUUUUUAGUUUCCAGGCUGACAAGCGGCUAGCAGCUAAUUAUGUGUCUCCAUACACAAAAAAUAAACUGCAUUUCUUAAUAUCCUAAGUAUCAUUAUCAAGUAUCGUUUAUCACUGGAGGACCAGCCUAAACAUGUUAAACACCGAAAGCAAUCUAGGAACAGGCAUGCUAAUAGCUAAGCUAACCACUAAGCUGUUUUUUAAACAACACAAAAAAUACUUAGUACUUAGUAAAGUUUAAGACAGGGGUCACCAAACUUUUUGACUCAGGGGCUGCAUU